AUGUCUUCGAGUAGUGUUUUACAGGUUGCAGAGAGAGACCCGACAAGGCAAUACGUAAGGUACAACGAGAUGUUAGGAAAAGGGCUUCAGAAAAGAGUUUACAAAGGAUUUGAUGAGGUAAAUGGUAUAGAAAUUGCUUGGAGUGUGGUAGUUUUAAAAGACAAAAUAUUAAACUCUGCUUCAAAUCUUUAUCAUAUGAUUGCAGAAGCUAAUAUGAUGAAGUUGUUAGAUCAUAAAAACAUAGUGAAAUGCUAUCAUUUUUGGAUUGAUUAUUCAAACAGUAAAAUUCACUUAAUUACUGAACCUUUUUCUUCAGAGACUUUGAAUCACUACAUCGUAAAACAUGUUCCUGUAAAUCACACAUCAACCAAGAAUUGGUGUAGACAGAUUCUAAACGGGUUGAAUUAUCUUCACACUCAUGAUCCACCCAUUGCUCAUCGUGAUGUUAAGUUAAUGAACAUCUUUGUUGAUGGAGAUUCUGGUACGGUUAAACUUGGUGAUUUUGGUUUCGCAAAGUUGAUUGAAACAGGGAGUAGUUUACAGGGUCGUUAUGGUACAAAACUGUUCAUGGCACCAGAAAUUUACAGAGGAAAUUAUAAUGAGAUGGUUGAUAUACAUUCUUUUGGGAUGUGCGUAAUAUUGAUGGUUACUCGAGUAAUCCCUUACAUAGAAUGCAAAAACAAGGAUGAGUUUUACGCAAAGAUUAAGGGUAGUGUAAAGCAAAACGUACUAAACAAAGUGACAGAUCCACAGAUUAAGGAGUUUCUUGAUAUGUGUCUUGCUCCUGCAUCUGCUAGAUCGUCUGCAAUUGAGCUUUUAAAUCACCCGUUUCUUGCAGUUGUGAGUCAAGUUGAGUCGAGUAUGAGUCAAGUCGAGUUAAGUAUGAGUCAAGUCACGCGUGCUCAGGUGGAUAGAUUACUGCAGCUUAAUCAGAAGUUGAUGAUGUCUGAGGAAUUAUUAGAUUAUAAUCUUGGGAACUUAUUUUCUGAGAACCCUUCUGAUGUUGAAUAUGAUGAUGAUGAUGAGGUGGGUUUGGCAGUGUGUGAUGAUGAACAUGAUCCCAUUCCCACACAUGAGAUAUUGAUUGAGCAAAGUUUUCCGUCACUAUCUUUCUUUGAGUUCAUGGGAGAUGAAGAUGAAUCUGAGGCUGAGAAUAAUGGAAUGCUGAGUUGCUUAGGGAAAUUGCUGUCAUCCGUUUGCAGCAACCUAUAG